AUGAGGGCAGAUGAGCCUGAAAUCCCUGUUAAGCUGAGAGCAGCAGUCAACUCUUCUGCUGGCAAAAGGUUGAAGGUGUCAGUUGGAGAAUCGAAUUUAAAAAAUCGACUCAAGCAUCAACUGACAAGCAAAAAAGUGAACCUACCAAAAGGAAGGAUUCUAAAUAGAAGCAGCCAGGGUAUUUUUGCCCCCCCAGGAGUGGUUCUUAUCAAGAACUUCAGGAACUAUGCACAACGUAUACUGGAUCUGGAAGUUCGGGAAGAUGACAUUUGGGUGAUCUCAUUUCCAAAGUGCGGAAGUACAUGGACUCAAGAAAUGGUUUGGCUAUUGAAGAAUGACAUAGAUUUUGAAAAAGCCAAGUCGAAGUACUUGUACACGAGGUUCCCGUUUUUAGAUAAUGGAUUCCGAUAUUGUUGAUUUAACAUCUUCCGAAGAGAACACCAUUAAGUUACGACAACUGUUAAGCACUCCUCCUCCACCAUUGCUUAAACGUAAGCAGCAGCAGCAACAACAAGAAGAACAACAGCACCAACAACAGCCGCAACAAUCAACCUCAAGCCUCAGUACGUUUUUAACAUUGACAAUACACACUUUAUUGUUAAACAAUUAAAUUGUGACAAACACAAAAUUAGUGUUAUUCCAUACUCUUCUGAAAAGUAGUUUUUCUAGUUUUACUCUUCGUUAGUUUUUCUAAACAAACGAGUGGUAAAAUUAAAUUACGUUUUCUCGAUAGUUUUAGAUUUUAAAAUUCCAGUCUAGCUCAAUUGGCAAAUAAUUUACCAAAAGACAAAUUUUAUCAUACUCAAUUGUUUUUAAUCAUGAUGAUUUACCUAAUGUUACAAAAAAAGGUGUCUAUCCUUAUGAAUAUACUGAUUCAUGGGCUAAACUGGAAGACAGACAAUUACCGUAAACAUAUUGUUUUUUUUAAUAAAAUCACUGAAGAACAUAUUUCAGAUGAAGGUUUUGUUCAUGCAAAAGAUGUUUGGUCACGAUUUAAUUGUGAAAUAUUAGGUGAUUAUUCAAUUUAUAUUUACGUACUGACGUAUUGUUAUUAGCAGAUAUUUUUGAACAUUUUCGUACCAUAUGUCUUGAUAAUUAUGAAUUGGAUCCUGCCCACUAUUUAACAGUUCAAAGGUUAACAUUUGACGCAAUGUUAAAAUUCACAAAAGUAGAAUUAGAAUUACUUCAUAAUUAUGAUAUGUAUAUGUUUAUUGAAAAAGGAAUACGAGGCGGUAUUACAAGUUGUGUAAAAAGACAUGCUAACGCUAAUAAUAAAUACUUGAAUGACGUGUUAUAUGAUUCUAGUAAACCUUCUAGUUAUUUGACAUAUAUAUGCAAACAAUUUAUAUGGUUGGGCUAUGAUUAAACGUAUACCAAAAUAUGGAUUUAAAUGGUUGUCAACGGAAGAAAUAAAACAGUUUAAUGUACAAUUAGUACCACAUAAUAAUCCAAUAGGAUAUAUUAUUGAGUGCAGUGUUGGAUAUCCAUUUUAUUUACAUGAACAUAAUAAUGAUUUACCCUUUUUACCAGAAAAAAAUCUCCACCAAAUUCAAAACAGGUUAAAUUACUCACUACACUUUUUGAUAAAGACAAUUAUGUUUGUCAUUAUGUUAAUUUGAAAAAAGCACUUGAUAACGGGUUGGUAUUAAAAAAAGUACAUAGAGUUUUGCAGUUUAAUCAAAGUCCUUGGCUUAAGUCGUACAUAUUAUUUAAUACGAAAAAAAGAAAACAGGCAAAAAAUGAAUUUGAAAAAGAUUUUUAUAAAUUACUCAAUAAUGCCAUGUUUGGAAAAUCAAUUGAAAACGUAAGAGAUAGACUUAAUUUGGAACUAGUCAAUACUGAGAAAAGAUUAACAAAAUUAAUUUCUAGGCCUAAUUUUAAAAACGGAAUAAUUUAUUCUGAAAAUUUAAGUGCUGUAGAAUGUAAUUAUGAUGUUUAUUAUUUAACAAACCCAUUUACAUAGGAUUUACAGUUUUAAAAAUAAGUAAAUUUCAUAUGUAUGAUUUUCAUUAUAAUAUAAUGAAUGAAACCAUUUUUUUAGAUACUAAUAUCAACUUACUCUAUAUUGAUACAGAUUCAUUUUUUAUGAAAUGUUUACUAAUGAUUUGUAUAAUGAUUUUAAUAGUGAAAAUAUGAGAAAUUACUUUGAUAUGUCAGAUUAUUCUUCAAAUCAUAAAUGUUAUUUUGAAGAAAAUAAAAAGAAACUAGGUUGUUUCAAAGAUGAAUGUAUGGGUGUUCCUAUAGUGGAAUUUAUUGGAUUAAGAAGCAAACUUUAUACGUAUAGAACUGUAAAUGAUUUGUAUUUAGAAAAGUGUAAAAACAUGAAUUUUAAAAAUGCAAAAGGUGUAACAAAAUCAGUAAUAAAAAACACAUUACAUUUUAUGACUAUAAAAACUGUUUAUUUUUAUCAUCUAAUAUAAGACGAAAAAUGAGGAUGUUUCAAUCCAAAAAGCAUAUAUUAAGAACUGUAACCAUAAAUAAAUUAGCGUUAAAUGGAAAUGAUGACAAACGUUUCAUUACUAUCGAUGAAAUAAAUACGUUAGCUUAUGGAAAUAAAUUAUUAAAAUAAUGAGCCAAUUACUGUGUUUAUGUAUAUAUUAUAUAUAAUA